GGGGCAAGGAUUCCGGGAGCUGUUUGGGCUGGAGCGGGACUUAGCUGCUCACCGGAGGCUUGGAGGAGACCACAGCUCUCUUUGUCAUGUGCGAGGAGGUACAGGCGACCAUGCAGAAACCCACGCCGAGGCUGAGGCACAGCAAGGAGGAGCUGAACAGGCUGAACCAGGCCAUCCAGCGGCUGACCGCGGAGGUGGACAGUGCUAAGUGUCAGCCCUGUGAACUAGACAGAGCCACGGAGCCACCAGCUCUGCAGGAGGAGGGUGCCGCAGACAGUGCCCAGGGCAAGCUGGCCUGGCUGGAGGCCGCCCUGCAGCGAGCCAAGCACGACAUGGCGCGCCAGCUGCGCGAGUACCAGGAUCUCAUGAUCGUCAAACUGGGCUUGGACUUUGAGAUCGCCACCUACCGCAAGCUGCUGGAGGGCGAGGAGAGCAGGCUUGGUCUGGGAUUUGGGGCAGGGAGCUUCUCCCUGGGCAGCGCUCCCACCGGCGGGCUCGGCUCCGCCCGCCUGCUGCCUCCCGAAGCGGGCUCCGGCGGCCUGAACACGGGCGCCCCUGACGGCUGCACGCUCUGCGGCUCCCCCCGCUGCCUGGGCGGCUUGGGCUGCAGCGGCUCCCGCGGAUGUUGAACGUUCCUGCCCAGCUCUGGAGAAGUCAAAAACCCCCUAGCUCCUGCCCCAAGGACUUGACCCCAAGGACUGUACCUCAGACGCCCCUUCCCAUGGAGCUGGCCCUCACUUCAUCUUUUCCUCUUGCUCCCACCCCCACCCCCCAAGUGUAAAGUCUUGGAAUCUAUUACAGGACGGUGACUGCCCUGUCCCCUGGGUGAAGGCAGCCCAGGUGCUGUGCCACUGGGGAGGCCUGGUGGCUUACCUGGACCCAGCACCCUGCUCCUGUGACCUGCCCCCCACUCCUC